CGCAUGCCAGAGGUAUACUUAUACAUAAAUGUGUAAUUCGCAAUGCCUUAUAUACCUUACAACACGAUGAUAAAGUAUAUGAUGGAACCUUGUUUGUGAAAUGGAUAAAUUUCGAUUAAGGACUAAAAUUGAUUGUGAUCUACAAAAACAAUUUAUGAAUUAAUAUCGUAACGCAACACUACCGAAGCAAAAGUAUAUAUCAACAUGGAUGAUGCAUCUCACAAAGAAAGUGACACUCCGAACAUAAAACAUAUCAACAUGGAUUCGACAAAAGGUGCUUUGAAGAAUAAUGGUGCAUUGACAGAGAACUCUGAUGGAGCAAACGAACAAAGACAUCGAUCGCGAGCACUUUGUGAUGCGUGUAUACCAUCCAAAUUAUUUAACAAAUUACUUAUGAUUUGCUGUUUAACUGAAGCAACAAGAGUAAAGAUACGAAUUAUUGUUAUGAGUUUAAGUUUUAUGGCUGAAUUUACUGCCUAUCUCUCACUUCAGAAUUUACAAAGUAGCUUGAAUGCUUCUGGUGGUUUAGGAACAAUGUCAUUAAGUAUGCUAGGAUUUGGACUGGCGAUUGCAUCAUGGUUUUCCCACAUUCCUAUUCGGUUCUUCGGCCCCAAGCUCUGCAUUAUUGUUGGCUGGAUGUCUAUGUGUGUAUUCAUCAUAGCCAAUGCAUUCCCAUAUCCAUAUACACUAAUUCCAGCUAGUGUACUUGUAGGUUUGACUAUGGGUCCGACCUGGACUGCCCAGGGGAUGUUUAUGACCACAUAUUCCAUCGAAUAUGCUGAGUUAGUGAACAUGGAAGAAGGAGAUGCAAUGGGAUACUUCAGUGGAAUUUUUUUUGGAAUAUUUCACACUUCACGUAUAAUAGGAGAUCUGAUCUCGUCAUUAGUACUGCAGACGCCACUAGAAUCACUUGAUCGCAAUAGAACCCUUGAUGGAAUCACUUGUGGAUCUGAAUUUUGCCCAAGUGACCUAGACAGGGUAAAUGCCAGUGCUUUGAAUCCACCGUCCUCAGAACAAAUAGAAAGACUUGUAGGAAUCUACCUUGGUUUUGGAAUACUUGGUGUUUUAAUAGCAAUAUUUUGCCUUGCAGAUGGCACAUUAAAAGAAACGGUAAAAGAAGGCGUGUGUAAGAAUGCAUUUUCAGCUAUAGCGAUAACAGGAAAUAUCAAGUUUCUGCUAAUUUUACCUGUUUUAGUCUUUGUCGGUUUGAAGCAAAGUCUGAUGGCAGGUGAUUUUACACAGGCAUAUGUAUCUUGUGAACUGGGCAUAGGUUGGGUAGGAUUUACUAUGCUCGGUCUUUCUUUAAGCAACACAGUGUUUGCAUACAUCACGGGUCGCCUCCAGAAAUUUAUUGGAGCUGUUUCCAUGGCAACGGUUGGCUUCAUUAUUGAUUUGAUUGUUUUGUUGGGAAUGUUGCUAUGGCAUCCAUCAAGGUCCAAUAUAUGGUUAUUUUUCCUGUGGCCGGCUAUCAGAGGUAUCGCUGAUGCAAUCUGGGACAAUGCAAUGAACACCGCUCUCGGUGUGUGUUUUGUGGACCAACAGGACACUGCAUUCGCUGCCAGAGGUGCCUGGUUUGGAGUUGGUUAUGCUAUCGCAUUCGCACUCACUAACAUACUUUGCAUGGACAUAAAAAUCUUCAUAAACUUUGCCGCGCUUGUCGUAUCGACGGCUUCAAUUUUCACUCUAUAUGGCUUGAUGAAGUGGAAAUGGAGUAACAACGUUGAUAUAUCGAAACAGAAUUCAAGAGAAGAGGUUGGAACUCAGCUUUGAUGUGAUUUUUCUACGUUACUUCUUUCAGUGUAUGUAAUUCAUUAGCAGAAUAGUGUUUGGGAGAAAUCUAAUGAGAGAGGAAAUAAUGGUCAGAAAUAUUGAAAUCGGAACUGGACUCGUGUAUGGCAAGGACGCGUUCAUGCAAUGGGGAAUUAGGCUCGUAGAACCACGUACACUUCGGGCCUUGGUCCCUUGAUCAUGAGUAGGUGGUCUUAGUCGAAGCGUGAUUGAAGU